AUGUUUUUACCAAUUUAUGAGGAAUCAAAGAUGAACUUGGAGCAGGAGAGGCCUUUUGUCUGCAGUGCCCCAGGCUGCUCACAGCGUUUUCCAACAGAGGAUCAUCUGAUGAUUCACAGGCACAAACAUGAAAUGACUUUGAAGUUUCCUUCAAUAAAAACAGAUAAUAUGUUAUCAGAUCAGACUCCUACGCCAACACGCUUUCUGAAGAACUGCGAGGAAGUGGGCCUCUUCAACGACAUCGAUUGCUCCCUAGAGCACGAGUUUAGGAAGGCACAAGAAGAAGAGAACAACAAAAGGAAUAUCUCCAUGCAUAACACAGUUGGAGGAGCAAUGGCAGGACCUGGAUCUCACCAGCUGACAAAUACAAGGAUGCCAAACCAUGACACCAGCGUUGUGAUUCAACAAGCCAUGCCAUCUCCACAGUCCAGUUCGGUCAUUACUCAAGCACCUUCCACGAAUCGACAGAUUGGGCCUGUCCCAGGUUCUCUGUCUUCACUACUGCACCUACACAACCGACAAAGACAGCCUAUGCCUGCCUCUAUGCCUGGCACCCUGCCCAACCCCACCAUGCCCGGAUCCUCUGCUGUACUCAUGCCUAUGGAGCGACAAAUGUCAAUGAACUCCAACAUCAUGGGGAUGCAGGGGCCGAACCUCAAUAAUCCGUGUGCUUCACCUCAAGUCCCCCCAAUGCAUUCAGAAGCCAAAAUGAGGCUGAAGGCAGCAUUGAGUCAUCAUCCUGCCGCCAUGUCGAAUGGGAAUAUGAACACCAUGGGCCACAUGAUGGAAAUGAUGAGCUCGCGGCAGGACCAGACGCCACACCAUCAUAUGCACUCACAUCCUCAUCAGCACCAGACGCUGCCACCUCAUCACUCAUACCCGCAUCAGCACCAGCAUCCGGCGCACCAUCCUCAUCCUCAGCCUCAUCACCAGCAGAAUCAUCCCCACCACCACUCCCACUCGCACCUUCACGCGCACCCGGCACAUCACCAGACCUCGCCGCACCCCCCGCUGCACUCAGGCGGACAAGCACAGGUUUCGCCGGCGGCGCAGCAGAUGCAGCCCACGCAGACGAUACAGCCGCCGCAGCCGACCGGAGGUCGUCGGAGGAGAGUGGUGGACGAAGACCCGGAUGAGAGGAGACGGAAAUUUCUGGAAAGGAACCGAGCCGCCGCCACGCGCUGCAGACAGAAGAGGAAGGUCUGGGUGAUGUCACUGGAAAAGAAAGCAGAAGAGCUCACCCAGACAAACAUGCAGCUUCAGAACGAGGUUUCCAUGCUGAAAAAUGAGGUAGCACAGCUGAAACAGUUAUUGUUAACGCAUAAAGACUGUCCGAUAACAGCUAUGCAGAAAGAGUCGCAAGGAUAUCUAAGUCCCGAAAGCAGUCCUCCCGCGAGCCCGGUCCCAGCUUGCUCCCAGCAGCAGGUCAUCCAGCACAACACCAUCACGACCUCCUCCUCCGUCAGCGACGUCGUGGGAAGCUCCACUCUCACCCAGCUCGCCAGCCACAGAACAGACAUCAACCCCAUCCUUUAA